CAAGGCCCUAACUUUGAGCUGAUGAAUUUACAGGCUCAAGAAUCUCACCACAGUUAAGUUUUCUGUUUUCAGAGUCGGUUUCCAGGCCUCUUGCCUUGUUCACAUCUCAUCAUCUGCCUUGUUCACAUCGAUAUAUGCACCACCUUUCUUUUUAAACAGCGAAAGAAGCACCGGUCAAAUUGGUACUUGGAGUCCACUAAAGUAUUGGCCUUUACUGAUAACAUGCGAAGGCACAAGAAACAGCAGUAAAAAAGGUGAACCAGAAGCGCAAAUUUAAAGCCCCCCCACCCCACGCGCAGAGGAAGAGCCCUUCUCAGCUGCAAAUCCUAUAUGAAAGAAUGGCCCUCAAGAGUUAUUCCACUAUUGUUGGAAUCUCCGGCACUAGAAAGCCAGAGCCAUUCACCUACUUAUAGGGAGAAAAUGUGCAUAACCUGUACGAAGGAAUGCCCCUAAGAGGUUUUGCUAUAAUUGUGGUUGCAUGGUUGGGUUUCAGACAGCGCAGGGGAAAGAACAUAUUGCCCACAUACCAGAAUUCAGAAUUAAAGAAGCAGUGAUAAAAAAUUCAAUAGUAGAAGACAGUAUUUGGGAAACAAGCGCCUUGCUUUCAUGGUGCUCCGAGAAGGCAUUGCUAACCGUGUAAAGCCUCUGGCAGGAAUUUGUUCUCUGGCUAUACGCCACAAAUAUGCAUGGAGUCUUUUUUAUGGCCCAAAGCAACUGAAGGCUAAGCACUUUGGACCUCGGCAUUUGAACGUGCUGCUCUAUCAUUGCUCAGAAGAAUUCAAUGAGGAACUUCCCUCCUCUGAAUGGUACAAGACGGCCUUUCCGAAGUUGAACAAAUUGUCCCAUGUCUUGAGAAAUGUUGAUUCGAUUGAUGGAAGACUAGUUUAUGUUGAAAACGGAUUAGACAUCAUGGAUGACAAUAUCAGACGCCAAAUGCAUACCUUCAAGUCGCUCUCCAGGGCUUUUCUUGGGUCUCCUUCAGUGCAGGAAGCACUGAAGAUGAAGGCAGUGACUUCGCCAGCAGCUACUCGAAUGAUACCUGACACUUGUUUCGGUAGUGUGAAUGAAAGAGAACCCAUGAUCCUCAACACUCUAACCAAGGUGUGCAACUUCCUGAACAUAUCUGCACAACAAAGGAAAUCUGUGCGUCUCACCAUAUGCCCCCAGGUCACUCUGCAGCGUAUAUGGACGGGUGCACUUGAGGAGAUACUGAAGGGCUUGAAAUCUGAGAUGGAAUCACUGAAUUAUGGAAUUCUGACACGAGAUGUCCAGAUGGCUGAGCAGAUUGUUUCUAGUUGCUUAAAGUUUUUAGCCGACUCAACAACAUCGUCUGACCCUGAUUCCAUCUCCUGGAUGCGACUCACCCCAUCAAAGAAGAUUGAUUCCCCACCACCUUCCCGGCGAUGGGGAGAUGCGCUUGAGAUGUUAAAUGACCUCAUGAAGUGCUUCAGGAAUGAGAAGGAAAUAUUGUAUCACGUAUCCAAGGUUGAGGCAAUGAAAGAAGGGAUGUAUCAAAUAAAGGAUGUGUUAGUGGACAAAGAUCUCGGAUACAAGGAGGCCCGCCAUCAAGAAAGCUUAGUGCAAAAGAAGCUUACAAAAACCUUGGGCCACUCAUCCCAGUGCCUGUUCACUCUCUUGCAAUAUUAUCUAUAUGGGAAUAUUAGAGAUAUUGAAAUAGAAGUUUGUGGAGGGCUUUACAAGGGUAGUGUUAAGGGUAGCUUCUGCGUGUGCAUUGGGAAGAUUUUGACAUCAGAUGAGGAGAAGAUGGUACGAAGUGGAAUCAAACAGUUGGAUCGGGCUCUUGGAUUAUUCAGAUUUGUUUGGGAAACAGCAGGAAUUAAAGAGGUUUUGGAGUUGCAGGGCCACUUGUGGUGUGUUGGGGCUGAGGACAGGACACUUACAUACAGAGGAAAUGUGUUCUUUCUACAUGGGAUUAGGAUCUGACUGAUGAAAUGUCAUUAGAGAAGUUUUGACAGAACAUUUUAGCCUAAGAACAAUCAAUUUUGGAACCACCACGACUAUGUCCAUCAACUUUCAUUCAAAUAAUGGCAUCUUAUUCACUCAUUAUAUUAUUGAGAAGACCAAUGCAUACUUGAUUCAUGAAAACUAAGGACUGCAUGAGCGAGAAGUAAAUGUAACAAUGCAUAUGCUAUCAGCAAAACCUUUAUUCCAAAGACAGAAUGCUGGGUAGCUGGGGAAAGCAUUAUCUUGGCCAAGAUCAGACAGUUAAAGCAUAUUGUGCUUGAAGGGUAACUCCAAAGUGGUCAUUGACGCCAUUUUAGGUUCAUCAAUUAAAAGUCACACCAUAAGUCGAGGAUAUCUGUCGUUAGCAAGAUCAUUGUUCAAUUGUGUUAAUAGUUAAUACCAUUCCCUUAAUCUAAAAGUCACAAAGCAGCUUUAUUUUUGGCUAGUCAAAACCUCCCUGAUGGCAUGGUUUGGGUUGAGAGGCUUCCAUUGGUCUUACAAAUGUAGUUUUUGAGGAUACUAGAGGGCAGGGUGCCCCUUUUCUUGAAGGCCCUUCUUGAAGGGCGAAAGAACAACCUAGAAUGCAUUGGUUGAGAUAACUUCAUAACAAGAAAAGUUGCAUUUGUUUCUAGAUUAAGGGAAUGGUGUGACAGAAUUUGUGUAGGCAACUCCAGAUCAAGAUAAACC